AUGUCCUCCGCUACCUCGACUCCCCAAAAGGCGACCGAUUCUGCGUCGCCCCCCAGCGUGGGAGCCACUCCCACUGGACCUACGGGCAAGCCCAUGACAGCAAAGGAACUCAAGAAGAUGAAGCGUGCCGCUCAAGUCGCUGCGCGUGGCCCACCGGCCGUUGACCACGCAGCGCCUGGCUUGGCCAGCCCAAAUGCCUCGGCCGCCGCGUCGCCAGCUGCUUCUGCUGGUCCAUCAGGCGGUACCUCGCGUCACCGCCGCGGUAUUGCCGCCGCCGCUGCCGCUGCCUCUGCCCCUCCCCCACCUCCCAACCCCGCGCACCAGUUCUUCUCCCACCUCCCCGUCCCGCGUGACCCCCACACCCCGGACGCUCUCGCCAGUGACAAGAUCCACCCCGUUGUCGUCCGUCUCGGUGUGUUGAUUGCGCAAGGAACCUUGCGUGGUGCGUCGGCGCGUACCCUCGGUGUGCUCGAGGCGUUCCGUGAGGUCGUGCACGACUACGAAUGCCCUCCAAAGGCCGUCUUCUGGAAGGACUUUAGCUCGCACAUUUCGCCCAUGAUCGCCUACCUCGAGACUUGCCGUCCAAAGGGUGUGGGAGUCGGAAACGCUAUCCGUUGGUUCAAGGGCGUGAUCACCCGUCUUGGCGAGGACGACGGCGACCACAUUCCUGUCGCCACUGCCGAGGCAAGCCAGAAGGCGUACCUCACCGAGGCCAUCAACAGUUACAUCCAGGACAACAUUAUCGUCGCGGGCCAGGUCAUUGCCGACUUUGCCAAGGAGAAGAUCAAGGCUGGAGACACUGUCGUCGUGUAUGCGCGGUCGAGCGUGGUCGAGCGCUCCCUCCUCGAGGCAUACCGUGACAUGCAGGCUCGCUCGCCUCCCGCCAGCUUUAGCGUCGUCGUUGUCGACUCAAGGCCGCUGCACGAGGGUCGCACCACUCUUGCCACACUGAGCGCCGCUGGCAUUCCGUGCAUGUACACUCUCCUUCCCCUCGCCUCCACCGCCCUGUCUCGCGCCUCCCUCGUCCUCCUCGGCGGCUCGUCGCUGAACUCGGACGGCGCCCUCCACUCGCGUGCCGGUACCGCCGUCGUCGCCAUGCUCGCCAAGGAGCACCGUGUCCCCGUCGUUGCGUGCAUCGAGGCGUUCAAGCUCUCGGAGCGUGUGGGUCUCGACGACCUCGCAUCCAACGAGGUCGGUACCCCGGACUCGCUCCUCAACAUUCCCACCGCUCGCGCCCUCGAGCUUCCCAAGCCGCUCCCCAAGAACCUCAUCCCCCUCCACCUGCUGUACGACCUCACCCCUCCCGACCACAUCACCGCUGUCUGUACUGAGGUCGGAUUCAUCCCUCCUUCCUCGGUCCCCACCCUUCUCAGCAAGGGUGCGGGUCUGAGUGCGUAA